AUGAACGGUAGCCCAAAUUGGAACUUAUCUAAUAAGAGAAAGAACAACCCCCAUGGGACCUCCACCUGGGUUGUUGUCACUAUUGCACUCUACUGUUCAACUAACACCCCUUUGGUCCACUCCACACUGUCGGAUUGCCAACUCAGAUUCCUACAACCGUCGAUCGGAGCCAAUCCAACGGCCACCGUCCCCGGAUUCCAAACCAUUCUUGUUCAGAAGUUCCGAGGCAGAGUGAUGGACACCGGGGUAAAGUUCAAGAAAGGAGCCGGAGGAAGGAGGGCAGGCGGUCCCAAAAAAAAACCGGUGUCUCGGUCCGUGAAAGCCGGUCUGCAGUUCCCGGUUGGACGUAUUGGCCGGUAUUUAAAAAAUGGCCGAUACUCUAAGCGAAUCGGAACCGGAGCUCCUGUUUACCUGGCUGCUGUGCUCGAGUACCUUGCUGCUGAGGUUUUGGAACUGGCUGGAAAUGCUGCAAGAGACAACAAGAAGAACCGCAUUAUUCCGAGGCAUGUGCUAUUGGCCGUGAGGAACGAUGAAGAACUCGGAAAGCUCCUUGCUGGUGUGACAAUUGCCCAUGGAGGUGUGCUUCCCAACAUCAACCCUGUGCUUCUGCCGAAGAAGCCAGAGAGGGUUGCAAAGAAGGAGCCCAAGUCUCCGGCCAAGGGCACCGCCACCAAGUCCCCCAAGAAGGCUUAA